AUGGGUGACAUUGUUAAUGAUAAGAGUAUAUUUAAACGAAUAACAAUUGAACCGACAAUCAGUAAAGAAGAUAAACUCACGGGUUUAUUCAUACAACUGCGGAAGCGUGGCUUUAUAAGUGACGCUGGAUAUAAAUUGGUUAGACCUGUGGGAUCGCGGUUUACAAGGUUGUACGGUUUACCGACGGUGCAUAAACCCAAUCGACCACUUAGACCAAUAUUGUCAUUUGUUAAAAUAUUUAAUUAUGGAUUAAGAUUGAUGUUAGCAAAACGGUUAGAUCAUUUAAGGUAUACUCCUAAGAUUAUUAAAGAUUCAUUCGAUUUUGCAAAUAUAGCUAAAUCGUUUCCAGAAUCACAUCUAAUUUACAAAUGUUAUCAUUUGGUGUUAAGACCUUAUUUACUACAGUAG